AUGUUCGCCCUCGCGUUGUUGACGAGUACGCUGACCGCGCUCGCUAGCGCGCACAUUUACGAUCGGUGCGAACUCGCGCGCGACCUGCAAAUCCUUGGCGUUGACAGAGACCAUAUCGCUACGUGGGUGUGCAUCGCCUACCACGAAUCCCGCUUCGACACCGCGGCUCAGAACUAUGGCAGUGGAGACCACGGCCUGCUUCAGAUCAGUGAGCUGUACUGGUGCGGGCCCGGGAAGGCCUGCGGUGCCCCAUGCUCUGCGUUUCGCGAUGAAGACAUCACCGACGAUGUGAAGUGCGCGCUGCAAAUUUAUAAGGAGCACACCCGUCUCCAAGGUGACGGCUUCCUCGCCUGGGUGGUGUAUCCGCAUCACUGCAAGCAAAACGCGAAAAAAUAUAUCGUUGACUGUGACAAAAACAUUAAAAACCUUCCAGUGAAACUAAAUGAUAGGGCUCGGUACCUCAAACCCUCCGAUAUAAAAUAUGAAGCGAAGCCGCAAAUUGUCAACAAUCCGUACCGUAAUCCUUUAACUCCUAGAUACCUUGCGAUUAAUUCAAUAUUUCAAGGGAGCUAUGUCAAUGAAUUCGAAAGAAAUUAUUAUGAUAAUAAUAAACAAUCUAACUGGCUGAACUUCAAAGUGGACAACAUUGACGAUCUCACGCUUCCAGGACGUGCUGUGAGUGAUAAUCAACGGUCUCGUUUAACGGAAUUUACAACUCGGCCAACUACCACAGUUGUAGACCCUGAACUUAUAGGAAUAAAACCUCCUUCGCCAAGGAAAAUAGAAUCUAAUCAGUUCCGCCGCAGAAAAACAUUCUCAGAGCCACUAUUUCUAAAGAAUAGAAUAUCCGAUGAUCAAAAAACCAGUAAAACAACGCCAUCUCCAGUCAGAGGCAAAACUGAAAGUAGUUUAUCGUUUCAUGAAGAUUUGUCACAUAAUAUAUUUUUAAAUUUAUCGCCGUCUGCGCUUACCAAGUCUGAGAGUAAAUCUCCUUCGCAAGAAAUAAAUUCGAGUGAUUUGAGUAGAUAUCAUAUUAAAUUUCCAAAAGCGGAGGAAAGCUCUCCGAGUGCAAUAUUAACGUACGAGGAUUUAGCUCAGAAUCCUUUUUUGAAAUCAUUGCCUGGUUUUAAUUUAAAAUCUAGGUCAGACUCGCCCUGUAAAGUCACAGAUCAAAACAAUGUUAGAGGCUAUACUACAACUACAUCAAGGCCAGUGACUUCUCUGAGAUCUUCCAAACAAAUUGGCACGCUACGAAGCCCGGAAGUGGAAUCAAAUUUACCAAAAUCAAAGAUGAAUGAAAACGUAGCUAAAGUAACUAUUGAGGAUUUAUCCCAGAACCCUUUUCUGAGCCACCUUUUAGGUAUUAACAAAAUAAAACCAACAACUGAAUCGUCACUUAAUCGCGAAACAAAGUUACUAGACGUAAAUAAAAAUUAUAGACAAGACUUUAAAUUAACAACUGUGAAACCGUCCACGGAAUUGUUAUUCUCAUCGUCUCGAAAAUUAGAAACCUCCACCAAAAUACCUAGAACAGGUCAAAGAGGUAGGGAUCGUUAUAUAUCAAAUUUUGAUUCGAAGUCCACUGAAAAGCCCAGUACUGAACGUGCAACUGUAACAUAUAGUACCAGACAAUAUCAAACUAUAUCAAGACAAAGAUCUAGGAUAAAUUUAAAUGAUAUAAAAAGUACGACAGCCCUCGUCGCUAUUGUAACAAGUACAGAAAAACCUGAAGUUUCAUCUACUGUAAAACCUUACACAAAUGGUUUAUAUAAGCAAAACUUUAGAAUUGAAACAACAACCGCUAAAACGACAACUAAUACUCCUAAAACUUCAUAUUAUAAUAUAACUGAAAGUAGUAAAGUACCCCUUAGAUUAACAACAACACCAAUACCACAGACUACAAGUAGAACAGAAAUAACAAGAAUGCCAGAAACUUCCAGUACAACAAAUAAUUUAGGUAGGUCACAGACUAAUGGUAGGCAAUAUACAAUGGGUAGCACAAAUACUACAACAACAACUACAAGUAACAAUCAACAACAAUCUAAAAGUCGACCAGAGGUUACUAAUAAACCACAGACCACCACCAGCACAACGACUAAAAGAAGACUAGAUACUAACAGUACACCACAGACUACUACACCAAAAACUUCUGGUACUAAAACCACUACACAUGGGCCCCAGACUAAAAGUAGGCCAGUAACUACUAGUAAACCACAGACAACGAUACUUUCCGGAUCAUCAAGACGUUUUUGGGCAGAAACGCCCAACUUCACAUCCACCACUCUCUUACCUAGAGUCACUCGGAAUAGGCCGACAAACUUAACGUUAACUUCUUCAACUAAAUACUAUAGUACUUCACAAAAACCUGCACUUACGAGUACAACUAUAGCUGCUACUGCUAAAACCACCAUAUCUAUAUUCGACCUAUACUUAAAACCCUCCACGCAACCAACAUUCAAACCCUUUCAGUUCACUACGUCCAAUAGUAGAAGACCUUAUAAACUUAGUAUAUUUUCCGGUGGUACUACCAGCCCUCCCCCUAACUACUUCACUACUAAAAAACCAUCUACGGAAGUAGUACGAAAAACUAAUACGCAAAACAUAUAAUUAGGAUUAUCUUUAA